AUGGAGCACAAGUUGCAACGGCUCAUUCUACCAACAAAUUGCCGUUUGAGAGCCAGAAGCAUCGAGGCAGCAUCGGCGGCUUUCUUGGACAUGCGGACCCCUGCCUUUAGGAAUAGCGGAGCGUCUGCUGGUGCGUUUUCGUGCAGCAGGCUGUUCCGAACUAUGGCAGAGCAGCAGCCGCCAAAGCAGCAGCGGAACCAGCCUUCCUUAGCUACUGGCUUCUCCAUAGCCACUGUGAUGACGUGCUUGAGGUGGCACGGGCUACAUUCAAUGCUGAGGAGCAACACCAGUAGUAAAGCCAGCUGCGGCAACUGGAGAGGCAGCAAAGCCACCAGCACGAGAUAUUUGUAUGGGGCCCCUGUUUUUGGAGGGGCUGCACAGAACAGGCGCAAUACUGAGGAUGUAGCGGCCGCAACAUUAGCAGCGAAUGCUCCUGUUGCAGCGAAUGCAACGGGGGAAGCAGUAUCAGCGUUGGUAGCAGCGCCAGGGAAAGCAGCAGCUGCUGCUGCCCACACGCUUCUGUGCAGUAAAAUCAAUGAGUUGAAUAAGGCCUACUAUUCAGGGGGAGAGCCGUUGGCCUCAGAUGAAGAGUUUGACGCUUUGUGGCUGCGGUUAGGCGAACUGGAAAAGAAGUAUCCCGGACUUGGCGGCCCCAGCAGCCCUCUCCAGUGCAUCGGCCACGGGAACCUGGGAGCAGCAACAGCACCAGCAAACUUACAGCAUCUGUCCCCGGUGCUAUCUCUGGAAAGCGUUCAUUCGCCUGGAGAGGCCAAUGCCCUUUUCGAUCGACUCGACAGAUUUGUUGGAAAGGCUUUGCACGGGGUGCUCAGGACGUCCGUGGGAAGAAGUCGAAGGCGCAAAUACAUACUAAAAGCUACAACAGAAACAAAUACUGCAGACAUUUUGUAUGAGUCAGUUGCAGCAGCUCCUGCUACAGCAGCAGCAGCAGAGCCCACAACUGCAGUGCCUGCCGCAACGGAUGCUGCUGCUGAAGGGGAUGUAUUUGCUGAGGCGUUGCUGAUGGAGCCUAAAGUGGACGGACAGAGCGUAUCUCUCACAUAUGAACUUAGCAGUAGCAACACCAAUAGCGGCGACAAUACUGGCAGAGGCAUUCUGCGUUACAGGCUGGUGAGGGCACUGACGAGGGGCGACGGACGGCGGGGUGAAAGCAUAACGCAGAAGGCGCUGCAGAUGGCGCAUACGGGUUCUCUCCCUCUCGUAAUAGAUGUUCCUUAUGCAAAGGAAACAAGGACAGCAACUAGUGCACCAACAACUGCAGUGGCAGCAGCACCGAGUGCGGCACAAGGGGUAUUUGGCGUGCCGCGUACGCUAGAGGUGAGGGGCGAGGCCUACAUGUGCUUAUCUGCGCUUUCUGCACUAAAUAAAAGAAGAAUGAUGGAGGGACUGAAGCCGUUUUCGACCCCAAGGCAUGCCGUUGUGGGCAUGCUGCGGCGUCUUGAGGAGGAGGCAAAUUGUGCCAUUCGUUUCUGUGCUUACGCUCUGGUUGGGGCAUCGGACGGUGCACUGUCUGGAUACCCGGAUGACCAUCAGGAAACUCACAGAGGCAGUAUAUCGGCAGUAGCUGCAGCUGCAAGUGCGGCGGGUAAUGCUGUUGCUGGAGUCACCACGCAACUUGAGCUUCUGCAGCGGCUCCAGCAAUGGGGGUUUGAGGUGUUGUUGCCACACUGUCUUUUGGUAGUCGGACGCAAAGACGCUCUGGAAGCCUUCAGUAAGCAAAGCCGAAGUCAUGAAAUAUAUAUGUCAAACCUUGGAGCUCUUCACGCUGCUAUUGCUGGUGCGCUACAUGCUGAUGGCGCCAGCCGUCAUCCCGGAUGUAAUGCAGAUUCAGCGCCUCUUGGCGGCGGUGCUAUCAACCCAGCAUCUGUUGGCGGCGGUGUCACUAAUUCGGCACUUUUUGGCGAUGGCACGUCUGAUGUGUCCGAUGCGGCUUGUGAACGCUCCGCUGGAGCAAGCAGCACUCGUGCGGCAGGCGCUAGUUUAGCAGCGAAGUGUUCCUUUCGGCUGGAAGAUAUCCCUUGUGACGGUGUGGUGUUUAAGGUUAAUUCGCUGCCGCUGCAUCAGCGCCUAGGCAGCACUGCGAGAGCGCCGCGCUGGGCCUUUGCUUUGAAAUUCGCAGCAACGGUUUCCAAGACAAAAGUUUUAGGGAUCGAGUGGACCGUUGGGUCUUCAGGUGUAUGCACACCGGUUGCGUUGCUGCAGCCAGUUUUGCUGGGGGGAGUUUUGGUUGGGAGAGCCUCCUUGCACUCCCCACAGGAAGUGCGAAGAAAAGACGUCAGAGUUGGGGACCGGGUUCACUUACAGUUGAAGGGGGAAUCUGUACCCCACAUAGUUGCGGUGGAUCUGGAGAAUAGGCAGGAAGGGACAGAGCCUGUCCCACUCCCUUCAGCCUGCCCGUCCUGUGGCCGGGGCUUGAUAGAGCGGUCAUCGCCUACGGGCAAGCUUCCAAAAAGGUGCAAGCAGAGACUAGAAGCGAAGGACAGAAGUGACAGAAGAGGUGAAGUGUGCAGCGCACCUAAAGUAUCGGUAGCCACUCCUGCUGCUUCCACUGUUCGUACAUUUGUCGGAGAAGAGGCUGUAAAAGGAGAAGGCGAAGGUGGAAGAGGGGGCAAGGCAUUCGGUGUUCUGUGGUGCCCUGGUGGAUGGGCAUGUGCAUCUCAACGUCUGCUGCGUUUGCGUCGUUUUUUUUCACGCGAGGGUGUCGCGGUGGCUGGGCUAGGACCACGUGCCCUGGAGGCCCUCAUAAGCCGAGGGUACUUGGAAGCUCCCAGUGAUGCUUUCCACUUACCUCAGGUGGACAGGCAAAGGACAGCAGCCGGAGAGAGUGGCAUUGCAGGCUGGCCUGGGUGGGGACCUCAGGCUCGCGACGCUUUGUUUAAAGAGAUAGAGCAAGUUCAAGGCCGUGGUGUGCCGUUACAGCAGCUGCUGUUCGCCCUGGGCAUCCCUGGCAUGGGCAGGAGAGCUGCAGCUGCUGUGUCACAUCACGUUAGGACCAUUGGUGGAUUUUUGGCUCUCCUAGACAAUCUCAACGCAUGUUGCCCAAUAGACCGAAUCCUACAGAACGACCAAACCCCUCAAGAGACCCCAAAAGUCGUAGCCAGCCCACAAACAUCCCAGGACUCGCAGCACCCACUUGGCUGUAAAACAAUGUUGCACACCCCGCAGAAUAUACAGAUAUCACAGGGCUUUGAAGACCUACAGAUGCUUGAGGAUCCUCAGGUCUCCCGCGACUUAGAUGGUCACGAGUCUCCGGCGACGUUACAGGGCCUACACAGCCCAACGGGUGAUCGAUCUGAGCAAAGUUUAGAUUGGACUCGGGCUCUUCCUGGGAUCGAGCUGUCUCUUGUGAAGGAACUCCGAAUGUUUGCAAAGGAUAAAAGGAAUAGACAACAGCUGAUAGAAGUGACGAAGGUCUUGCCUGUUCACCCCGAGACUACAGCAGGGUAA